AUUCAAAUUCUACUUCAUUUUGGCAAGAUUUGCAUUCCAACUGGCUCUACCCCACUUUAAACUCUCCACCUCUGGUUAUAAAAGGAGCACACACAUUGUUUCCUCUCUUCAGUAUCAGUUCAUCUUUCUGUUGAUUCAAUCUUUUCUACUUUUUCUUAACACCCUUUGUGUUAUACUACCUUCUGCAAUGGCAUCAAGUUCAAUGUCUUCCACUGGGUCAUGGAGUGUUAAGGACAACAAGGCCUUUGAAAGGGCUCUAGCUGUUUAUGACAAGGACACUCCUGACCGUUGGUACAAUGUUGCUAAGGCUGUUGGUGGAGGUAAGACCCCAGAGGAAGUGAAGAGGCACUAUGAACUCCUCCUCAGGGAUGUUAGGCACAUUGAAUCAGGUCAAGUGCCCUUCCCAAAUUACACUCAAAGUGGAGGCUCUCAAGAGGAGAAAAGGCUCAGAAACUUGAAGCUUCAGUGAGAUGGUGGCAGCAAGACCAAAGAAUAUUCUGAUUUUCAGGUUGUAGCAAUUUUUCUAGAAUCCUAGUGUUACGUAAUAAGUAAUGCUAGUGACGUAGUAGAAUUGGACUUUUAUUCAUAAUUAAGGAUCGUGUGUGUCCCAUGAUUCCAUGUUGUGUUGUCGUUGAAGAAUCAAUGACUCUGUUUUACUUUCCAUCACUAAUAAAACUUCAAUUUCAUCAAA